GGAUUGCUGUGCCCCAACUCCCUCAGGGCCUGUGUUGCGGGAUUCCCUGCUGCUAUGAGCUUCCUCAAAAGUUUCCCGCCGCCUGGGCCGGCGGAGGGGCUCCUGCGGCAGCAGCCAGACACCGAGGCUGUGCUGAACGGGAAGGGCCUUGGCACCGGUACCCUUUACAUCGCUGAGAGCCGCCUGUCUUGGUUAGAUGGCUCCGGAUUAGGAUUCUCGCUGGAAUACCCCACCAUUAGCUUACAUGCAUUGUCCAGGGACAGAAGUGACUGUCUGGGAGAGCACUUGUAUGUUAUGGUGAAUGCCAAAUUUGAAGAAGAAUCAAAAGAAUCUGUUGCUGAUGAAGAAGAAGAAGACAGUGAUGAUGAUGUUGAACCUAUUACUGAAUUUAGAUUUGUGCCUAGUGAUAAAUCAGCAUAUGGUAUGGAGGUGGAUACCACACCAACAGUUGCUGGAUAGUUUGAGGAUGCAGAUGUUGAUCACUGAAAAUGAUAUAUGCAGAUUUAAGAUUCUGCUCCUAACUAUAGGAGAGAACUUGGUGCCUCUUCCACUCUGGAGCGAAGUUGAUGAAAAUCUUUUUCCUUUUCCAAAACCCAACCUGAACCAGUUCUUUCUUGAGACAGAUUAUACUGAGACAAGUUGUCACCAGCAGAACAUAGAUAAUCUGACCUUUAUUAACUUGAUGAAUUAACUUAACCAAGAGGGUAUUUAUAAUUGAUUAUUUACCCCAAAACUUUCUGUGUCUGGGUACCCUCUGAGUAGGCCUAUAAUUCCUGCCUUCACUGUAUCCAUCUUCUAUAAGCUAGCAGAUCCAUCUGUGUGGUGAAAAUGCACAGGAGCGUGGUGUAGGUAGACUGGGUGGGAAAGAGAGAGCUCCUUUCGCCAUGUUUUACUAGUCUGCUCUGUUAUAACCUCUUAGGUUAUAUCCUUUAAUUUCCAACCUUUUAGGUUAGUUUCUGUAACAGAACAAGUGAGUCUGGGAUGAAGUCCUCAGAGUACUUCAAGUGGUAAUUGUUUUGUUUUUGUAAUAGCUUAACAAAUAAACCUAGGUUUUCUAAAAAAAAAAACAAAAAAAAAAA